AUGCUGCGCGCUGGAGAGAGGGGAAAGAGCGUGUGCUAUGGCGAUUCUGUCAGUCCUCUGGUGAGCGGCAGCACGCAGGUGGGCAUCGUGUCGUGGGGCAGCGGCGACUGCGAGUUUGGGGGCUCCGUCUACGUCAACGUGAUCAACUUGCGAUCCUGGAUAACCAGGGAUGUGAGACCAGCUAUGUCACGCAUCCACGUGGCCGCACUGUGCCUACUGCUGGCAAUGCAGCUGCAGUUGGUGGCCCCACGGGCGCUGCGGCUGCGAACGAGUAUCCAAGGCCGUAUCAUAGGCGGCUCCGACGCCAGCAUCGAGGACUUUCCGUGGCAGCUGUACCUGACGUACGCCGCCAGCCUGGCGUGCGGCGCCUCCAUAAUCGGUCCCCAGUGGGCGCUGACCGCCGCCCACUGCGUACCCUUCUCAGAGUACGUUCUGUACCACCUGCGUGCUGGCUCUUCCAGUCGCGACAGCGGCGGCACUGUGCUGGACAUGGCCGUGGCCUACCAACACGAACAGUACGACAGCACUUCUGGUGACUACGACAUCGCAGUUGUACGGCCGGAUGGUUCGUUCCCAAUCGGCACCAACGUGGCAGUCGUGAACCUGCCAGACGACGGUUACGAUCCUCCAGUCGGGCUCGCAGUCACGGUGACCGGCUGGGGAAUGACGGAGUCGACGAGCCAACCCAGCACCCUGCAGAAGGUGGACGUCAGCGUCAUGGAGCGCUCCGCGUGUUACUACCCGGACAUCGGUCGCGAAGUGACCCCGCGCAUGCUGUGCGCUGGAGGGAUUGACAAGAGCCCGUGCUUUGGGGAUUCCGGCGGUCCUCUGGUGAGCGGCAGCACGCAGCUGGGCAUCGUAUCGUGGGGGAGUGACAACUGCGAUUAUGAGGGCGGCGUCUACGCCAACGUGGGCAACUUACGUUCGUGGGUAACCAACGUUACCAACAUCUGA